UUUCUUUCUCCGUUUGGCGGCUACAUAUCUGUGUGUCCAACAUGGCUGCCUCCAUGAGGAUUUUGUGCAGACGAUGCUUUAAAAAUAUUCCAUCGUUGUAUCGAAGAAGUAAAGAGUUUAAACAUACAGAACGAAAAUUGAGAAAUCCAUUGUUACAUCUUCGAUAUUUCAAAACAAGUGUGCAAGGUUCACUCUGUUCUGGUGAAUAUGAAUGGCAGGAUCCCAGAUCUGAAGAUGAAGUAGUGAAUGUCGUGUAUAUAGACAAGUCCGGGAAAAGGGUUCCUGUACGAGGAAAGGUUGGAGACAAUGCCAUGUACUUAGCACAUAGAUAUGAAAUAGAGAUUGAAGGAGCGUGUGAGGCAUCUCUAGCCUGUUCUACGUGUCACGUCUAUGUACAAGAAAAAUACAUGGAUGCUUUACCAGAGCCUGCUGAAAAAGAGGAAGACAUGCUGGAUCUUGCUGUGUUUCUCAAGCCAAACUCCAGAUUAAGUUGUCAGAUUAUCCUCAGCAAAGAGAUGGAGGGUCUAGAGUUGACACUGCCUAAAGCCACUCGGAACUUCUAUGUUGAUGGACAUGUCCCACAACCUCACUGACAGUUCAAGAUAGAAGACAUGAACUUCAUAACAGAUUGUCAUUAUAUUCAGACAGGAUGUGUGCAGAUAGCAUGUCUUUCUUGCGACUGGGAUAGGAUAUCCACUAAACUAUUUCUUCUGGCUAUUAUCUCAUUGGCAAGUAAUAGAGGUCUUGUGACAGUACAUUUUAGUGGGAUAUAAAGGUACAUAUGUGUGAACAAAGGAUGAGGACUGUUACAAGUCUUUUUAGAGCUCAACCCAAUAUUCAAGUCCCAAGUUUAGCAUGUCUGUGUAUAAAGUGAACAAUUGUGCAAACAGCACUUUACACUCCCAGCAUCAAAACCUUGGGAUAGAUGCAGCUAGAGUGGGACUAUUUUGUAAAGUCUAUUGGCUUAUGAUUGUGCCGUAUGUGGCGCAAAUGACAAACACCCACUGGACGAGAGUCUUGCUAUGCUCUAAAAGGAGAUUGUGUCAAUGGAUAGGUGAUGAGUCAUAUAUAACAACUUCAUAUAUAAAACCUCACCCUGGCAUAUGAAAGUCGUAAGUUGAUAAUCUUUACCACAUGUGUACAUAUUGUUAUUCAUCAACUACCUCAGUUACAGUUUCUUGUACUAUAAAUAGAGUAGUGUCAUCUGAUUUAAAUGAUCACGAUUACGGUAACUCUUCAUCUCAACUUCUAAGUGUACUCCUGAGCAUAUAUUUGAUGGAAAACAGAUCAAGUCAGACAUUCAUUUCAAUCAAAACGUCUUGAUCGUGAGUUGCAGUUGACAUUUUGUAUUUUUUAACAAAAGAAACUAUAUGAAGCGCCCUCUCCAACAAGCCAAUCACUCAACCUAACAUUCUUCUCCAAACUGAAGGAAUGAAACUGAGACUACAGAAUGUUCAGCAUCAUUAUAGGCCCCAGAUUUGUUAAUGUGUUUACAUUAUUGCAGAGAUGGAGGUGAGAGUUUGUGUGGAUGUAUAUAACCAUACAUUUCAGUAACCAUCAUCUGUAUUCAGCAUGUUGUGAACAUUCAAUGUUAUUUGUCAGAAACUUGAUCAAAUUAAGUGACACUUUACAUGAGUGUUGUUACUAUAAUGAAGUUCUUCGAAGUUAAAGAAUAUUACUUUGAGGUACUACUGUCAUUUCACAGCCCUGCAGCAGUCGAUGGUUCUUGAUGGGCAUACAUUUCACUAUACAGUCGUGCCUCGUUUAUAAGGACACUUGCGUCAUUUCACAAUUCAUCCGUAUAAACGAAUUUCCGUAUAACUGAAACCAGCUUCUUACUGGAAGAGUUACUUCCCUUCAAUUAUGCAACUCAUGACAGAUGACAGAACAGAUACAUCCACUCAAUCUUUAUUCAUACACGUUUCAAAAAGUCUGUCAUGGAAGUUUGAAUUUUACCACAUUUUGAGGUUUGAAUUUUAAACAAUAAUGUGUCACUUGGUUAAUUGACUUCUCACGAAUCAAAGGAUUACCACCAGCGGAAGGAAUACCACCAGCGGAAGUGUAUUGUCCGGAUAAGUGAGACAAUUAUCUGUGCAUUUCAGUGUUUUGUGUAUGAAAAUGACCGUCCGGUUCCGGAAACUGAAUUUCCAUAUAUACGGGUAAAUUUAUCUAGUAAUUAUUUCGUUUUGAAUGAAAAUCGCCCGGGAACCGAGGUUUCCGGAUAUCUGAAGUCCGUAUAAGCAGGGCACGACUGUAUUCACCUCCUUCUGACUGUACUUUGGCACUUGGCACUCUUUUUCCCCUAGAAUUCUCUUAAUACUAAUUAUUGACAUAAAAGGAAAAAAAAUGAUUACCAUGUUAUAUUACAAGGCUGAAAACAAUUGCUUCUUGAACAAUCAAAUUUGAAAGUUGGUGCAGGAUAUACAAUGUCUUACAACAUGAAUUUUCAGUUUUACAUGCUUUAUGCCUGCGAACCAAGAAUAUCUUCAUAUCUCUAUUGCUGAAAUAUGUCGAAAAAAAGUUGGUCUAAUAAAAUGGCAUUCACAUACAUCUUGAUAUGCAAUAUGUACUUACAAUUCUUUUCAGCCCUGAACUAGAGGGAUAUGGGAGCAGAAUAGUUCAUUAUGUACAGGGAGACCAAGCUCCAUGGUCUGGCAACUAUUUCCAGUCAAGAUUUUCAUGUUGUUAUUAGUGCCUUGAUUGAAACUGAAACAGUAUUUCUAAGUAAUUAGAUUAGUCAUUAACUGCUAUUUUGAUAUACUAAGUAAUAUAUAAGCAUAUAGACAAACUGUUUUUGGAGGACAUUUGAUGCCAACUGCCCUGGGCCUAGUCCACAGGUUGCUCCUUAAACAUAUCCUUUAAUGUCAUUCAGUAACAGUAGACUUACACUUAUCACUUUUUGGGGCUAUUAUGUUAUUGUUCUAUUGUUAUGCUUCACAAGCAAGUAUAUGAUAAUAAGUAGUAAUUUUGUGUCAGUGGCCAGAGAUAGACAUAAACUCUCUUAUCAGGAGCCUAACAUCACUCAACAGUGUUCCUCAUUCUGACAAGAGAGACACCCUGGUCAUAUGAGUGAGUCAGACUGGAUAAACAAAUUUCCGAAUAAACAAAUGUGUAUUUGGUAAUAUA